UGGCAUUUGAUUGGUUUACUUUUAAUGAAACGCAAAACAACCGUACAACUGUUAGCAAUUAUUGUAUCUUUCUUUUUCUUUUACGAUGAUUUAAGAAAUGUCUGCACAAGUGACGACGGUUGGGGUUUUUUGGUUGUGUAAUUUGAAUGUAUUGGAUUACGGCGAAAUGUGUAAAAAGAGUGUGACUAGUGUCCACUUCUCGAAGAAGUUGACACUGGCUCGAUGGACUGCCGACUGCGACAAUCAAAGGCACGGUUGAUCAGCUGUACAAAGGUGUAAAACCUCUUGUAUCUUGAUCAUUUUGGUGAGAAAUGUCAACCUUAGAAGAAAUCAUGAACAUGGACCAAAGCAUGCCCUAUGACAAGUCUGCAAGGGGCAGAGUUGUGUUUGCAAGCAGUCCAGAGACAUAUACUAAUGCCAAUGGUGAGACAAAGCAGUCAAAGUCUGUUGCUAUAGCAGAUGACAAAAAAGCUGUGAAAGUUGUGUCGUAUGACCCAACCCAAUUCAACAAACUUAUUGAAGGUAAAACAAUAAUGUUGAGAAAUUUCAUCCGAAGGGAUGGGUAUAUCAUUCUAACCCGAACAUCUAGACUGUUCCCAACACAAGAAAUUGAAGUCCCUGACAGCAGAGUACAAGAGGGUAAGGCUCUUGUCAAUCCACCAGCGGCUCCUAUGGUUUCAUUGAGAGAAGCACUAAGGUCACCUCCAAAAACCAAAACAACUGUUUGCCGGAAAGUCAUUCAGGAUGAAGAAGAGCGCGACAUCCUGGUAGGAAAGUCGAAAAGUCCGACAAAGAUGAAAACAAUUUACAUACAGGAUGAAACGGUGGACAGAGUAAAAGUGGCUUUGUGGAGAAACACUAACAAAAACGUCAGAACUGGGGAUUUCGUCAAAAUCACUUAUUUGACAAUACACACUUACCAAACAAAGUACACAACUGAAACCAGCUUCAAUUCUACCUACACAACUUCAGUUACUAAAGUCGAACCACCAACUGUACAUGUGACACUUACAGUAAUUAGUGCCUGUGCACAAGAUGACGUUACAGAACUUCUCCUCAGUGAUGACUCUGUGAGGGCAAUUCCUUCACAAUUAUUAAUGGCUGCCCUUCCACAAGAACUUGAAGAAGUAUUGGAUCCAGAAUCUUUCUUUGCAGAGCGAAAAACAAACUUAAGGCUGCAAUUAAAAGGAUCGGAAGUACUUUCAGUGAAACUUCAGUAAACUGUUAUACAUAUACAUGACAUUAUUCAGCAUUCCUAGUUUACCAUGUUUUCCCUAGUGUUUUUUUUUAUAAAUCUCCUACUUUUUCAUACAUUUUACAACAAGCUCCUACUUCUCCUAGUUAUGCCCCCCUUCAAAGAAGGGGGAUAUUGCUUUGCACAUGUUGGUGUGUUGGUCUGUCCGUCCGUCCACCACAUGAUUGUCUGAUGAUAACUCAAGAACGCUUAGGCCUAGGAUCAUGAAACUUCAUACGUACAUUGAUCAUGACUGGCAGAUGACCAACUAUUGAUUUUGAGGUCAAUGGUCACAGGUGAAGGUCAUAGUGACUGGAAAUAGGAAAAUGGUUUUUAAAUGAUAACUCCAGAAUGCUUACGCCUAGGAUCAUGAAACUUAAUAGGGACAUUGGUCAUGACCAGCAGAUGACCCCAACUGAUUUUCAGGUCAAUAGGUCAAAGGUCAAGGUCACAGUGACCUGAAACAGUAAAAUGGUUGAAUGGAAAUAGCAAAAUGGUUUCCAAAUGAUAACUCAAGAAAGCUUUGCCUUAUGCCUGGGAUCAUGAAACUUCAUAGGGGCAUUUUCAGGUCACUAAAUCAAAGGUCACAGUGAAACGAGACAGUAAAGUGGUUUACUGGAAAUAGGAAAAUGGUUUCCAGAUGAUAACUCAAGAAGGCUUACGCCUGGUAUCAUGAAACCAUCACCACCUCCACCACCACCUCAGUGACAAAAAAAGUAUUCACACAAUAGCUGCCAUUACAACUGACAGCCCAUAUGGGGGGCUUGCAUUUUUUAUAAACAGCCCUUGUUCUUUUUCAAGUAACAAGUCUUAAAAACUUUUAAUGGGCAAAAAAAUAAUUUGAUUUUGUUAAUUUGAUGUCACCUGGAUAUGUAUACAUGUAUUCAUAGGGUUUUAAAUAUAGUUGUGUUUGCUGUAGGUAUAAUUUUUUGAUUUUGACAUUUGCAAAGAUUGCCAAUAUACAACAUGAAGAAGUGAUUAGGCAAAAUUAUUUUUACAAUACUUGAGGCUGGACCCUACACAUUCAGUUUAAUUGGGUCUAGCCACUCAUUAGUUAUCAAUAAGAAAGCAGGGAAAUUUAAUAUUUGAGUUUCAUCUACAGAUCAUGUGAUGUAGCAUUUAUAGGUACAGGAAAAGACUCGACCUUGUAUAAAUGCAAUGGAUCUUUCAGUUAUAAAAUUAGAAGUUAUAAAAUUAAAAACAAGCUUGAUCUUGUAAACAGAAAAUCAUUCAUUGAGUACACGACUUUCCAUUGAUUAAAUCUGGAACUCCUAACUUAAAUUCUUCUAAUUCAUCAUGUAUGCUACUGGUUUCUCUUAUAUGAUCCAUAAGAAUACUUGUAACAUAAUCAAUGACUUGGUGCAUAUUUGAGGAUGUUGAUUGCAAUCCGCAGUCAAUAAAUUUGUUUGGUAGCAUGUUAUAUUUAAUACCUGACAUACAGUUGUCCAUUCUUAUAAAUGGUUAGUUUAUUCAUGUGAUCAGCAAGAAAAUUGACAUGAUCCAUUGUUGUAGUGCCGAAAAGUCCUUUUGAAAGUUUAUCUAUGAAAAGCAAAAGUGCACUUUUACUUCUAGAUUAGAUUAUGGUUGAUUAAAGAAUAAGGCUCAAUACUCAAAUUGUACACUUGUAUUUUGCUCCUCUUCAUUGUCUGAGGCUUUUUAUUCGAGUCAUCAUGUGAGAUAACAUGUGACACGAUUGAUUGUUCACUUAACAAGCUGGAAGUGCAGACACAUCAAAUUAUUUUGUGUUCCCUUCAAUUAAAGCAUGAUGUCUAUUUAUUAAAAGGGUGUUAUUUUCAACUGCUAAUAUGUAAAGGUGAUUUUCCUGUAAAAGACUAUUUUUCGUCUUAACCAUUUGAAAAUUUAAGUGCGUUUGCCUUUGUUAUUUAGCCCUUUUACAUUUACAAUACAUAUGUUAAUAUUCAUUCAAAAGACAGAGAAUUACAUGAUACUAUUCUUGUUCCAAACAUUUAAAAAUCAUUUUGUAGAACUAGAUUAUUAGUUAAUACUUCAUUAUGCAAAGUUAUAUUAAGCUUUGAUGUUUAAAACUAUCAACUUCCAUGUUCUACAAGUUGUUAAUGCAUUGUGUUCAUUAAAUUCAUCUCAGCACUAAAUACUUGUUCAUUUUUAUGCCCCCCUUCGAAGAAGAGGGGGUAUAUUGCUUUACUCAUGUCGGUCGGUAUGUCGGUCUGUUGGUCUGUCGGUCCAUUCACCAGGUGGUUGUCAGAUGAUAACUCAAGAACGCUUGGGCCUAGGAUCAUGAAACUUCAUAGGUUCAUUGAUCAUGACUCGCAGAUGACCCCUAUUGAUUUUGAGGUCACUAGGUCAAGGUCACGGUGACCCGAAAUAGUAAAAUGGUUUUUGAAUGAUAACUCAAGAACGCAUACGCCUAGGAUCAUGAAACUUCAUGGGUAGAUUGAUCAUGACUCGCAGAUGACCCCUAUUGAUUUUUAGGUCAAAGGUCAAGGUCACGGUGACCCGAAAUAGUAAAAUGGUUUCCGGAUGAUAACUCAAGAAUGCAUACGCCUAGGAUCAUGAAACUUCAUGGGUAGAUUGAUCAUGACUCGCAGAUGACCCCUAUUGAUUUUGAGGUCACUAGGUCAAAGGUCAAGGUCACGGUGACCCGAAAUAGUAAAAUGGUUUUCAGAUGAUAACUCAAGAACGCAUAUGCCUAGGAUCAUGAAACUUCACAGGUAGAUUGAUCAUGACUCGCAGAUGAUCCCUAUUGAUUUUGAGGUCACAAGGUCAAAGGUCAAGGUCACGGUGACCCGAAAUAGUAAAAUGAUUUUCGGAUGAUAACUCAAGAACGCUUUUGCCUAGUUUUCGAUGUGUUGGUAACUCUGCCCUGCCUUCAUUUAGAUUGAUCUCGGUAUUAUUUAUAAACAUUUCAUUAUCAUUAGCACUUUGCUUUUUGAGUGGUUACUCCUCCGUUGUUAUAUGAAUAAUUUAGUGAAAAUGUUAAAUGUGUUAAAAUAUUGUUCCAAAAUAUUUUAUAACACUCAAUAGUGAUGCCAUCAGAUUCCGGACUUUUGUUAUUUGGCAUUUCUUAACGAGCUUGUCAAUAUUCAUAUUCAGUUUGUAAUCCUUCACAUACUUGUUAUUCCACUUCCUUUAAAGCAUGAUGUGUUAUUUUAAAGAGGUUGUUAUUUUCGACAUUCUUUCGUUUAUAGUGUUUCGCAAAAUUGGCUUCUUCUAUUAUAUGACUUUUAUUUGUUAUGUCUUUGCCAUUAACUACUAGUCUGUGUAUAGUUUUGUGUUUGCUACUACGUUUUAAAAUGUUUGCACAGUAUUUUGUAUUGUUUUCAUUGUGUUCAACAUGCUGUGCCCGUGCUCAAAGUAAUAUGCCAUUGAGGUGUGUGUGAUAAAUUCCUUCUAUUUUUUUGUGUGUGAAAAUUUCCUUCUUCAAUGGAGGUGGUAUAAUUUGUGUUUCUUUUAUGCAUCUGUUUUUCAAGUGCUUCAAUGACUUUUAUGGCUUCAUUUUCAAGUUUGUGUGUUUCUUUUUUUUUUUAGCUUACCUGAGCACAAUGUGCUCAUGGUGAGCUUUUGUGAUCGCCUUUUGUGUGUCGUCUGUGGUGCAGCGUCAACAUUUACCUUGUUAACACUUUAGAGGUCACAUUUAUUGUCCAAUCUUCAUGAAACUUGGUCAGAACAUGUGUCACAUUAAUAUCUUGGACGAGUUUGAAAAUGCUUCUUGUCGUUGAAAAACCUGCGUGCCAGGGGGUGUGGCAGUUUUCCUAAUAUGGCUAUUAUAAAACCUUGUUUAAGACUCUAGAAGUUAUAUUUUUUGUCCAAUCAUCAUGAAACUUGGUCGGAACAUGUGUUCCAAUAAAAUAUUUGACAAGUUCAAAAAUGAUUCCGGUUGGAAGAAAAACAUGGCAGCCAGGGGGCGGGGCAGUUUUCCUAUUAUGGCUAUAGUAAAACUUGUUCACACUGUAGAAGUCAAAUUUAUUGUCCAAUCUUCAUGAAACUUAGUCAGAACAUUUGUUCUAAUGAUAUCUUAAACGAGUUCGCAUAUGGUUCCAAUUGGUUGAAAAACAUGGCUGCAAGGUGGCGAGGCAGUUUUUCCUUAAAUGGCUACAGUAAAACCUUCUUGACACUCUAGAAGUCACAUUUUUAGUCCCUCACAACAUGUUUCCCAGUAAAAUCUUAAACGAGUUUGAAAAUGGUUCCAGUUGAAUGAAAAACAUGGCCGCCAGUGGUCGUGGCAGUUUUCCUUAUAUAGCUUUAGUGUAAAGUAAAUUUUCAACAUUCUUUCGUUUAUAGUGUUUCGAAAAAUAGGCUUCUUCUAUUAUUUGACUUUGAUUUGUUAUGUCUUUGCCAUUAACUACUAGUCAGUGUAUAGUUUUGUGUUUGUUUCUACGUUUUAAAAUGUUGUACAGUAUUUUGUAUUGUUUUCAUUGUGUUUAACAUGCUGUGCCCGUGCUAAAAGUAUUAUGCCAUUGAGAUGUGUGUGAUAAAUACCUACUAUUAUAAUUUUUAUGUCCCCCACUAUAGUAGUGGGGGACAUAUUGUUUUUGCCCUGUCUGUUGGUCAGUUGGUUUGUUUACGCGAACUUUAACAUUUUGCAAUAACUUUUGCUAUAUUAAAGAUAGCAACUUCAUAUUUGGCAUGCAUGUGUAUCUCAUGAAGCUGCACAUUUUGAGUGGUGAAAGGUCAAGGUCAUCCUUCAAGGUCAGAGGUCAAAUAUAUGUGGCCAAAAUCGCUCAUUUUAUGAAUACUUUUGCAAUAUUGCAGAUAGCAACUUGAUAUUUGGCAUGCAUGUGUAUCUCAUGGAGCUGCACAUUUUGAGUGAUGACAAGUCAAGGUCAUCCUUCAAGGUCAGAGGUCAAAUAUAUGUGGCCCAAAUCGCUUAUUUUAUAAAUAAUUUUGCAAUAUUAAAGAUAGCAACUUGAUAUUUGGCAUGCAUGUGUACCUCAUGAAGCUGCACAUUUUGAGUGGUGACAGGUCAAGGUCAUCCUUCAAGGUCAGAGGUCAAAUAUAUGUGGCCCCAAUCGCUUAUUUUAUGAAUACUCUUGCAAUAUUGAAGAUAGCAACUUGAUAUUUGGCAUGCAUGUGUAUCUCAAGGAGCUGCACAUUUCAUUUUUGUAAGAAUUUCCUUCUACAAUGGAGGUGGUAUAAUUUGUGUUUCUUCUGUUUUUCAAGAUCUUCAAUGACUUUUAUGGCUUCAUUUUCAAGUUUGUGUGUUACUUUUUUUAUUAGCUUACCUGAGCACAACUUUCUCAUGGUGAGCUUUUGUGAUCGCCUUUUGUGCGUCGUCUGUCAUGCAGCGUCAACAUUAACCUUGUUAACACUUUAGAGAUCACAUUUAUUGUCCAAUCUUCAUGAAACUUGGUCAAAACAUGUGUCCCAUUAAUAUCUUGGAGGAGUUUGAAAAUGCUUCUUGUCGUUGAAAAACCUGCGUGCCAGGGGACGUGGCAGUUUUCCUAAUAUGGCUAUUAUAAAACAUUGUUAAGACUCUAGAAGUUACAUUUUAAUCAUCAUGAAACUUGGUCAGAACAUGUGUCCCAAUGAAAUCUUUCACAAGCUCAAAAAUGGUUCCGGUUGGAAGAAAAACAUGGCCGCCAGGGGGCAGGGCAGUUUUCCUAUUAUGGCUAUAGUAAAACUUGUUCACACUGUAAAAGUCAAAUUUAUGGUCCAAUCUUCAUGAAACUUAGUCAGAACAUUUGUUCUAAUGAUAUCUUGGACGAAAUCAAUUAUGGUUCCAAUUGGUUGAAAAACAUGGCUGCCAGGUGGCGUGCCAGUUUUUCCUUAAAUGGCUAUAGUAAAACCUUGUUAACACUCUAGAAGUCACAUUUUUAGUCCGUCAAAACAUGUUUCUCAAGAAAAUCUUCAACGCGUUCGAAAAUGGUUCCAGUUGAAUGAAAAACAUAACCGCCAGUGGUCGUGGCAGUUUUCCUUAUAUAGCUUUAGUGUAUGUAUAGUAAAACCUUUUUAACACUCUAGAAGUCACAUUUAUUGUCCAAUCUUCAUGAAACUUAGUCAGAACAUUUCUACAACCCAUAACUCAGAUGAGUUUGAAAAUGGUUCUGGUCUGUUGAAAAACAUGGCUGCCAGGUGGCGGGCCAGUUUUCCUUACAUGGCUAUAGUAAAACCUUGUUAUAACGCUAAAAGUCACAUUUGUGGUCCAAUGCUUAUGAAACUUGGUCAGAAUAUUUGUACUUAUGAUAUCUGGGCUCAGAUAGAAAAUGGUUUAGGUCCGUUUAAAACAUGGCCGCAAGGGGGCGUGGCAUUUUUCCUAAUAUGGCUAUUUAGUAAUGUUAACACUAGAAGUCGCAAUAAUUAUCCAAUCUUCAUGAAACUUGAUCAGAACAUUUAUUCUAACAAUAGCUCAGCUGAGUUUGAAAAUGGUUAAAAUACGUUGAAAAAUAUCGCCGCCCGGAAGGGGGGGGGGGGCAGUUGUCCUUAUAUGGCUUUAUUGAAAACUUGUUGACGCUAUAUUAGCCUCAUUUAUUGGCCAAUCUACAUGAAACUUGGUCAAAACAUUAUUUUGUCCCAAUGAAAUCUUAGCGAAGAUUGAAAAUGGGUCAUAUGAGCUUAAAAACUAGGUCACUAGGUCAAAUAAAAAAAAAACUUGUUGAAAGUCACUUUUUUGGUCUAAUCUUCAUGAAUCAGCUUGCAUUUGUCCAGAAUAGUCUAGUACCUUUUGCUCUCAGGUGAGCGCCUUAGGGCCUAACAGCCCUCUUGUUUUAAAUGACUUGCAUCUUAUUGUUGUGUUAUGUAUCUUGCCUUUAAUUAUUUCCCAUAAGGUGUGUGGAUUUGCAUCUUUGUUAUCUUAAACUGUAUUGGUUAUUACCUGUUAUAUUUGUGUUUGAUAUUGUGUAUCUUUUCAAAAGCUAUUAUUUACUUUAAAAAAAAAGAACAUUUUGAAUAACAUAAUUGAAAACUACAAUUACAUAAACAUAUGGCAUACAGUUAAUCAUAAUGAAAAAAAAUACACCUGGCACUCAAACACAAAACCAGCAAUAUUUUGGAGAUAAGAUUUUUUUAAAUAUGCGAGUCUAUUGCAACAUUAUCGAAACAUGCAACAUAAAACCAGGAUUUAUGACUGAUCACUCGAUAGUUGAACUUUAACUGCAUGAAAUACAACCUGAAAUAGCCGAAGGUACUUUAAAGAUUUCCAUUUCUUUUAUCUCUAAUAAUGGGUUAAGAACAAUAUUGAAAUCCUCUCCGACUAUCUAUGUUCGGACCGUAAACGUUCAUUAAUGUUAAUUGUGCUUCGUGUAUUUUUAUAUCUAUACUUGCUUGUCUGCCAAUCAUUAUUACGUUCAAGUAAUCCACUGUUAUUCCUGUAUGACUUUUACUCAGACAAGCGAUGCCUUGUUUAUAUGUAUGUUGUCCGCUAAGAUAAAUAUCUCCGUCCCAUCCACUUUUUAAUGUUUUUGCUAAGGUAUGUUUUAGGUGACUUUCCUGUAUAAAAAAGACUUAUAAUACCUUUUUUGUCUAACCAUUUGAAACUUUUAGUGCAUUUUUCUUUGUUAUUUAGCCCUUGUACAUUUACAGUACAUAUGUUAAUACUCACACAAAAGAACGAAAAUUGCAAGAUACCAUUCUUGUUCCAAACAUUUUAAAAUCAUUUUGUAGAGCUAGAUUAUUAGUUAGUUCAUUAUGUCAAGUUAUAUUAAGCUUUGAUGUUAAAAACAAUUACCUUCCAUGUUCUACAGGUUGUUGAAACAUUGUAUUCAUUAAAUUGAUCUCAGCA